AUGCUCUCUGGAACUCUUCAACUUCUUGAAGUCAUCGAUCGGGGGAAACCUCUGCCUAUGGUUCGUCACUACCAGCCAGGGACAUUGAAACUUCUGAGUGAAUUAUUGAUGGCCCUGCAUGUAGAUCUUACGCCUGUGAUACCAUUCAUACGCAGAGAACGUCGUCUUCUCCAGCAGACAUUGAACAUUGUGUUUUUUGGUGCAACGCCACCUCAAGAAUCCGAAGAGGGCAUUACAGCUAUACUAGCGAAGAACGGCACAUACUACUCUGCCAUUGCUUCUCUCUUUGCUCUUCUCUCACUCUUGCGUUCUUUUGCUCCUCGCCUUUUUGUUUCUCUUUUCUCAGCAACCUCUCUGCUUCUUGCUGGCAACCCCAGUUCGCCACCACCGCCCUUCAAGGAGGUUGAGACACCUAUCGGGCCAUCUCUUCUUACACCAGAGCAAACCGAGCGCGAGUCGCUACGCGGGGAGUUCUUGAUGCGGGAGCUGAAGCAGCUAGAGAUGCUGGUCAUGAAAGCGGAGAGUGGGACGGGGAGGGGGAAGUCCAAGCGCAUCGAGUGUGGACAGGCUGAAUGGGAUUAG